AUGAAGACAAUCCUCUCCCUCCUCCUCUUCAUAUCCCCCACCCUCUCCCUCCAAUCCCCCCUGCACCACACAUCCGGCAACCCCAUCUUCCCCGGCUGGUACGCCGACCCGGAAGCCCGCAUCUUCAGCACCACCUACUGGAUCUACCCAACCUACUCGGCCGCCUACGAAGCGCAGACCUUCUUCGACGCCUUCUCCUCGCCCGACCUGCUCACCUGGACCAAACACCCGCACAUCCUCAACCUCACCGCCAUCCCGUGGUCGACCAACCGCGCCGCCUGGGCGCCGUCCGUCGCCCGCUCGCUGGCCGGCGACUACUUCAUGUACUUUUCCGCCGGCGACGGCGCCGGCAUCGGGGUUGCGAGGUCUGUGACCGGGCGGCCGGAGGGGCCGUUCGAAGACGCGCGCGGGACCCCGCUGGUCGGGAGCACGGUGUUUGGCGCGGAGCCGAUCGAUGCGCAGGUGUUUCGUGAUGAUGAUGAGGGGCAACGCGUGUGGUUGUAUUUUGGGGGGUGGAGUCAUGCGGUUGUUGUGGAGUUGGAGCAGGAUAUGGUGAACCUCAAAGGAGAGUUCAGGGAGAUCACGCCGCCGGGGUAUGUGGAGGGGCCGUGGAUGAUGAAGAGAGGCGGGGUGUAUUAUCUGAUGUAUAGUGUCGGGGGAUGGGGCGACAACUCCUACGGCGUCAGCUAUGUCACUGGGUCCUCGCCUACCGGCCCCUUCUCCAAUACUUCUGUCCAAAUCCUGCAGGGAAACGACCGCGUCGGCACCAGCACCGGCCAUAACAGUGUGUUUACCCCCGACGGCGAGGAUUACUAUAUCGUGUACCAUCGGCGCCCCGUCAACGACACCGAGCGCGACCAUCGCGUGGUGUGUAUCGAUCGGAUGAAGUUUGAUGCCGACGGGAACAUCCUGCCGGUGACCAUCACCACCGAGGGAGUCGAGGGGAGACCGCUACACUAG